CAGUGCCAUAGAGCAGCAGAAGGUGCUAAGUCAGACAGGCAGUGCAAAAUAAAUUUAUUUUGAAAUUUGAAGCGACCUGUGCAGCGGUUGGCCUGUGUGAACGCAAUAUUCAGUCAAUGAACAGAUCGACCAAUGACAUGCACCGAAUGAUGUUGCUGGCUGGUGAGAGACUACAGUUACUAAAACUCACUCAACCGUACCAAGCUGGUUCCGCUUCAACAAAUCCAUCCAAUCAGCAGCAAGGAUGGAUUGGAUUGGUCAAUUUAAUUGAACAAAAAUUUGAAAAUGAAAGAAAGUUUCUGGUCAGUUGUCUCAAGGAUUUGAACAACAUUGAAAAUGACGGUUCAAGUUUGGAAUCUAAACUUUUUAACCUCAGUAACUCAUGGAACGGUAUUAAAAAUGAGGGUUCAGCCAAGGAACGAAUACAAAUCCUUCAACAAGCAGUUUCAGUUUACUCCCAACUCCUCAAGUCACAUUCCUCCAAUCCAUCCAGUGUUGACCAUGAAAUUAUGAUGCUUGCACAACUACAAGUGCACCAGGAUGAAGACUCUAAAAUUAACAUGGCAAGUGAAGAACCGGUGGAAAAACUUUUACAAGAUCAACUCAAUGCAGUAAAUGAUGAAACAUUAGAAAACAUUGCUUCGUUGCUUUUCGCACCAAACCCACUCACUAAUAAACUGCUACUGGCUGCUGCCAUAAAAGAAAAGUACAACAUCAUCAUCCGGAGGUUGAUUGGAUCUUCUGAUGAAGAUGUUGAUGAAGUUUGGAGGAACAAGAUCACUGAGAAGAUGGAGAAACAAUCACAAGAUGCAGUGGAAUCUUCCUCUCCAUUCUCUAUUUUUGGUCCCAAGCUCUCCGUCGUUGCCCAAAAUUUUGAAAAGCAAAAGUUUGGUGAACGGUCCCAACCUGUUGAAACUGGGACCAUCAGAACACUGUGCAAUAUGUGUUGGGAUGAGAUUCACGUGGUUAUGAGUGGAGUUCAUGACAUGAAAAUCGAUCAUGAAUCAUGGAAACAGAUAUGGCAGAUAGGAAGCUUGAAGUCGCAUAACAACGUGAGAGCUGCAGCCAUUUCUUUAGGACUGCAAACCAGAAUCUGGUACAGGAAAAAUACAAGUUUAAAAGAGGACACACAGAGGUUUAUUCAAUGUUCACAAGAUCUAUUCACAUCAACUCAACCUUUUAUUGAAGAAGAAUCAAAUGAUGACUCACUGAGAGGAAGAGUCCUCCAACUUCACAUUCAGGAGUGGAUGAAGCUCAAAGGGAUGUUGGCCGAUCCUGGGAUGCAGGAGCUGUGUGAGGCUGCAUUGACGAUGUCCCAUGAUGAUAGGAUGAAGCGACUUUCACAGAUCAACUCAAAGAGGAAAAAAUUAAAGAUGGCGUCUGAUGAUGAUCGGGAAGACUUGCUGAGUCUUCUGGAGGAAGCUCUUGCUCUUAAAGUUGUGUCCAGGAAGAAGAUCCUCCUUGAUCUUCUUGGAGCAUCAGAUGUAGAUGAUGAUGUUGCCAUCACCAUCCUUGCUGAUCUUCAUCAGGAGCAGAUCAAGGAUGCGGUGAAUUGGUUCAGUGAGGAGCAGAUUUCACCACGCAAUAUUAUUGAGAAAUUUACCUUCCACAUGAGUCUGUGUGAGAAUGUCUUCAAUAUUUUGUGCAAAUACGAAGGAAAAACAGGGGACCAGGAUCUGCUGGAGGCUUUAUACAACAGACAUGCUUUGUUAAGAAAGAAACUUCUUAGCUCUAUCACAGAAGAAAGUGAACGGAACAAAGCAAUGAAAGAAUUGAACGCUCAAUUAGACGCAGAACGAGACUGGUUGAUGAAAAUGCUGGGUGACCAGGAUUCGGGAUAUUUGAAUGAGAAAGAGAGACAAGCCAUGCUCAUGAAGUUACGUCGUUCCGUGUUGAAAGCUGAACAAGAAAGUAAACUUGAUGCUGCAAUGCUGGCUGGUGGUUUGAUCAUGCAACAGGCAUCUGCUGAAAAGCGGUUAAAAAGUGAACAAGACCAACAGCGAGAGUUGGCCCUUCUUAGGUUGGCUGAGUUGAAGAAAAGAAAGUUAUCAUCUGUGGUUGGUGAUGAUGUUAUUGUUACUGAGGAUAGAGAUGCAAUGCAGGAGUCUGUAAUGAGAAAAAUGGCUGCACUGCAUAAAUGGGAGCAACACUGGUUGGUUGUUUCGUGUGCUGACAACAAACCAAAUGUGGAUUUGGAUUUAAAUGAAGCUGUCAAUCAACUUAUAUCAUGCAGGGGAAGAGUAAAGAAAGGAGUUGCAAUUUCUUUGGAAGAGCAUUCAGAGGUUUUGAAUAAAUCUGUUGCUCUACGGCUGCGUGUGAUUGGCCAUGAGUUACCAGGGCAACCAAUCGACGAAUCAGAAGUAAGAUUGAUGAUGAUGCUGCAGAAGAUGCAGGAAGAUGGUGAAAUUGAAGUUAGUGAGAAGUUUAAUUCAAUGAGUGAUUCAGAUCUGAUCACUGAGCAAGAGAAGUUAUCCAGCAUGUUGAAGAUGAAGACUUCAUCUAAUCUUCCACAAGUCCUCCUAUGGUCCUCUGCAUCAGAUGAUGAUGACUUGGUGGAAGCUAUCCAGGAUAAACUUGAUAUUCUUCUAAAGGCAGCUGUGACCAAAGCUUUCCAAUACAAGCUCGGACCGGAGAAGCAAGACACUGAAGAAUUUCGUCGAGGAGUCCAAGAAGUGAUGAGAACAUCCAAGGAGAUGAUGAUGUCCGGACAUCAUGAAGAUGCUCUUAACCUCAUCACUGAGGGUCUGGAGAAGGCACAGAGAGAGGAGAUCAUCCGGAUGUUGAUGGGAGAUGAAGAUGAGAGAAGGAAGAGAGAUCUAAUGAUGAGGGAGCAGAGAAGAAAGAUAAGGAUCAAAAAUGGAAUGUCAGAAGAGGAGGCAAAUCGUUUGUUCCAAGAGGAAGGAGAAGAGUUUGAGAGCAUCGAGAAAAAAAGAAGGAAGAACGUACUUGAAGGACUCUUCCUGGAUGCGGAGGCAGAGAAGAACGCUCUUCUUCGGAUGUUGCAAGAAGCUAACGAUAAAAUGGAGGCAGAGAGACAGAGGCAACUAAUGCUGGCAAAACUGCGCCACCAAAAUAAACUCCUGCAGCGUGAAUCUGAGCUCUCCAUGAUCAUGAAACUCAUGAACAUGUCGCGAUCACGUGAUGAAAUGUUGCAAGAUGAAAGAAAGAGACAGUUGGCACUUGCACGCGCCAGAGUACAAGCAUUAAAGAACAAGAAACAAUCUUCUAAAGUGGAAAUUCUGACCGCAUCAGAUUGGAGCAGUGAUGACCGGGAUGUUUUGGUGGAAGCAGUUACAAAUGAGAUUGAAGCAAAACAUGCAGCAGAACGUGCAGCACUGCUGCAGGUGAUGCAAAUGUCAGGUCCUGGGAGCGACUCUCGGAGCAAAGCAAGUGAGAAGAAGAAGGAAGAUCGACGGGAUCGAAUUCGUGCUCUUCGACAGCUCCGCAGGCAGUGGAGGAACGAUCCCGCGUUGAUGGAACAAAAAGGAGAGCAAUCCAAGAUUUUCCAAGAAGCGUCAGCAUUACAACUUGAAUCGAUAACGAAGAGCAACUCUUCUUCUGAAGAAGACGCACAAGCGGUCGUCCUCAUGGACCUCCAAGUUGCUCAAGAUAAAGAAACAAGCCAACUUAUUUCUAGCAUACCUGAAAAAGAUACAUCCAAACUCCGAGAGCUUGGCAAGGAGCAGGAGAAGGCUCGCAUCCAAGGUUACCAUGACAACGUAGCGAGCUCACUCCUGGGAACAAAUGAUGAGGAGGAAGUGAUCCAAGCUCUGGAGGAUAAAUACGAUGCUAUCAAGGAUAAAUACCUUGCUGAGGUCCUGAUGAAGAGGUUAGGAUCAGCUGAGUGGGAGGCGAUGAGCGAACGGGAGCGACAGAAGAGGAUCAUGGAUGUAAAGAGACACGAGAUGAGGUUGAGAAGAGAGGGGAAGACGGAUGAACUUCAACGAUUGUUCAGCGCUCUUGCCAUCUCUGAGAGUGGUUCAGAACGCCUCUCGCAAGAAGAGAAAUUGAAGCAGAGGUUGGAAAGGAAGAAGAAGUUGAAAGAGGAAAGAGCAUCUCAAGGCCUCUCCAAUGAUGAUGCAACUUUAGAGAGGGAACUAGAUGCAGAGGAAUCUCUUGAGAAAGUGAAGAGAAAGAACGUUCUUCUUGACUUGGAGGCGAACUUCGAAAACGAGAAGAAAUCUCUUCUCGCUGAUCUUCGUCGACAUGAUGAUAUGAUCAGUGAGGAGCGGAAGAGACAACUGGCAGCAGCUCAUCUUCGUCGGGAGAGGAGACAACUUCAAUCCGAGCAGAAUUACAGCGCGAUCAUGCUUCUGUUUCAAUCGGCAAAUGAAGACAAAGCUGCUCUGACUUCCAAUCUUGAAGCUGGCCGGGCAAAGCAACUGGCUCUUGCAAAGGAGAGGUUAUCAGUUAGGAAGACCAAGAAGAGAAGGAAACAAGCUCUUUCUGCUCUCACUGAUCCGGAGGUCAUCCUCGAGAGGAUAAAUGAAAUCAUGGAUGAAAAAAGAGAAGGAAGCUGUUUGGAUAUUCUGCUCAAUGAAGUUGAACAGAAACAUCUUGGUGAAAGAAACGCUCUGCUACAACUUCAUCUUGUUGCUGAUGAUUUUACUGAACUCAGUAGUCGAUCUAACUUGGAGCUCCAGGAAGACCUUAAGAAGUUCAUGGGAAGUCGUAGGAAGUGGAGAGAGUCCCGGAUGAUGCUUGCGAUCAACGAGGGAGGAGAUGAAGGGUUGGAUGAUGCGAAGAGGAUCAGACUUUCAAGAUAUGUUGCUACACAGAACAAACUUCUCAUUGAUGGGAUGAAGGCACAACUUGAAAUUACUCGCCGUGCUCUAUCGAGCGAGGUCGACCAAGCUUCGUGGUUGAGCGGUCAAGUGGAACAUUGGAUGACAGAGUUGCAACAUACCCAAGAUAAUGAAACCAUGACAACUACCAAUCUCACUUUUGAUAAGACAGAUGAUGUUCUUGGUAUGUUAUCUGAGGAUCAAGUAAGAGCAAGGAGGGAGAGGUGGAAUGAUAAUCUCGUCAAAGUCCUCUUUGGUCUUCCACUACCAGGACAAGAACUGAGAAGACCAGAGUCAACAGGGAGCAUGGAGAGCAUGGAGAGGGAGCAACAUGCUCUGGAAGAUGAAACAGAAGUUAAGAUGAAGAAGCUGGAUCAGGAAUUGGAAGAAAAGAAACAAAACAUUGCUCGGAAAAAAAUUGAAGGAGAAGAAAUCGAUGCUGACGCUGCUCUUGCUCAACUUGAUAAAGAAUUUAAACUCCAGAAAGAGGCACUCAAUAGCGAUCUGGAGCGGCAGAGAGAAAAGAUGAGAGAACGGUUGAAACAAAUCCGACAGAGGAGAGAUGAAACUGAGUUUGAGGCUCAUGCAGCAGCGGGGAUGGUUCUUCUUGCUGAGCAGAGGAUCAAGGCUCGAGAGAAAAGAGCGACGGACGAAUCUUCACGUCAACAAAAUUUGAUGCAACAACGGCUUGCUGCCAGAAGAGAACAAAGAAAGAAGGCAAAAGAAGAGAAAUCUGAGGUCCAUGAUAACUUGCAAACCAAACCACCCAUCCAACCUAUGCAACGUGAAAAGACAGUGCUUGAUAUUCACGUAAGCGAGCGUGAAAAAGAUGAUAUGCUCAAAGAACUCACAAGACGCUCACAAAUCUAUGUGGAUACAAUUAAGAAUGAGCAAGAACGUAACAGGAUUAAGGUUCGAGAACGCAUCUCAAAGAAGAAAGAGAUGAAAGUAGCGGAGGUGGAUAAGAUAAUGACUAAACUGGAGCGGGAGAAGACCAUGGUACAGGAGAGGAAGAGUCUUCAACUGACGAGGCAGAAGACUAUACUUGGCGAGAGAAUUGAAAGGAUCAAAACAGAGAAAACAAUGACGGUGCACGAGAAAAAAAAAGUUAGUGAGUUUUCCAAGAUGGCGGAAGAAGUUGGAGACAAGGAUCAAAACAAGAUGGAGGAACUAGCUCGCAACCUCCAGAAAAAACUCUUGGAGGAAAAACAGGAGGAAUCUACUCCUGUUCCUGCUCCUAAAAAAGAGGAUCUCGCUCCGAAACAGGAAGAAGAGGAAGAAGGAUUCAGAUCUCGAUCUGGAUCUCGUUCUGGAUCACGAAGGUUGGGAAAGGUGGAUCGGGAUCAGAUUAUGAAGGAGAGGAUGUUGAAGAGGAAGAAACAGAGGAUGCAAGAGGAGGGAGGAAAGGAAGAGAAUGAUCCGGAUGCAGACAAAGAUGUAGAUGCUUAAAAAUUUAAUCUGAUAUGUACAUUAGUAAGUUAGGUUUAUCAAUGUAUUACAGUGUGGGGUAAGAUGGAUAUAGAUAGGUUUAAUCAGCUUUUAGUAUGGUGGGGUAAGAUAGAUAAAUUUAGCACGUAAUAUUCCAUAUUUUUCUAAUUGUGUUUUUAACAAUUAACCACACUCUUUUAGAGCCAUGAAGAUGCGUUUAUAUAAUUUUGUAAAUAUUUUAUGUUUAUAACCAAAAGGGGCGAUAAAAUAGAAUGAAAACAUGGACCAUCUUACCCCAGACGACUAUAAAUAUCAUUUUCCCUUUGAUUAGACCAACUAAUUUUCACUUUUAGCAUUCCAUUGUAAAAUCUAUAAUAUUUUCAUAGGUUACAAACGUAAAAUUAUGUGUUUUAGCAGAUUGUUUUAUUUUCAUGUCCAAUUAUCUCUGGGGGAAUUGGGCAACUUAUUUCAAAUCAGGUAUUAACUCAGUGAUAUAAAAGUCUGUCCACAGUUUUCCAGCCAUUGGUUUUGUUUUUAUUGAAUUCACUGUCAUUUUAAUCUUUGCAGUAUAUAUGCUCACGUAGAUUUGCACUUGAAUUUUCGCAAUGUUUGAUUUGCACGUUUCAAAAAUAUUCACAAUCACACACA